AUGUCAACUGUCAGUCUCAUGCACUUGGUGCGGGAGACGGUCGAUUACUGGCAUAAAAUCUUGAACAACAACAUCAAAGCGGGCACUCUGUGGCCUGAUCCACCCAUCAAGCGGAUCCUCUGGAACCAUCAUACACAGGAGGCAAUCCACCUCAAUGUCGCUACAGACGAAAAGAGGACCUUGCUUGACUAUUCUGGUCGGUUUGUGCAACCAGAGGCUCGGUGGUUCAUCCCCUACGGCCACAUAAAUCACACAAACGAACACGAGUUCUUGAGCGCAUCUGCGCGCACAUUGCCAUUCUUAUACAUGAGCGGCAAUGGCGCAUUGAUCGCGAGAUUGAAAUGGACGAAGACAUUCAUGUCUGGGUUGACCGCUGGCUCCGCCAUCUCCGAGAAUCUCGACCUCCGCUCUGAGCGGAGGCCACCCAUCUGGCUAGAAAUCGACCUCCCAAGUGAUCGAGCCCUUCCGGACGGUCCAUACACUCUCAGCAUUGGACAACUCACUUUGCUCCUCGCGCAUCCCGAGGAAAUCGAUUUCUGGGAAACACAGUCAGCAGCACGCAAGCCCAUGCUGAUGCCCGAGCCACGAAAUCUCGUGAACGACAACACAGCUCGUCGGGUUUGGCUGGCACGCCAGGCCCUUCAUUGCGAAUACGUUUAUCGCCGCCUUCAGUUGGAGCGCACGACGAUGGCCCAGCUCAACGAACGGUUUUUGCGGGAAGGCGGGCCUUCGGCGUUGGCGCGAGCACAGGGCAUCGACCUUCUUUCGGACCGCAUGCAGUGGUUCCGUGCGCAGAUCGAGCAGUACGAACAGGGGUAA